AGAAGAGAUGACCCGCCGACUUAUCGUGAUGAUGGUAGUCAACAUUACACGAGAGGACCUUACGGUAGUGAAUCAGAAGGUAGAAGCAGCCGUUUCAGCGUUCCUGCAUUCAAUCAGGAGGCGCGUCGUCAAUCCCCCUCUCCAAUCAGAAGGCAUCCCGAGGAUAUGUAUGCUGAAGAAGAGCGAUUGGGACAGGGGUGGGGUGGACAACGAUGGCAGCAUCCAUGGAGAGAUCGCGCGGAUUCACGCGAGCCGUCUCUCGACCGACGGUACGAAAGUGGAGGAGGGUGGCCGAGUGAGCAGGAACGGUACCCACAGUAUGGUAGCGAUUUGGUUGGAAAUGGCUAUCCACGACGGCGUGUUCCGCAGGAGCCGAAAAAAUAUGAAUGCAAACACAUAUAUCUGAUGGAUUCAAGUGAAGUGCCAUAUGAGGAAUCUAUCUGGGACGACAAAGAAAAGCUGAAAGUGCGGCUGUGCUAUCGUCAGGCAAAGAAAGAUAUUUUCGUUCCGGACUACCUCGUAGUCGACAAAAUCAUCGAUCUUCGAUAA